AAUUAUUAUUAAUUAAAUAAAAUUUGGUGGAUUCCAAAUAAAAACUCUUCAUUAAUGAGUGAACAACGUGUGUUCAAUACACACGAAAUACAAAAAACAACAAAUAUAAUAUAAAAUAAAUAUUAUUAAAUCAUAACUAUUAAAUUCAAACAAAAUAAAACAAAAAUCGAAAGCAAAUUAUAUUCGUACUAUAGUAAAGUACCCAAAAACAAUUCAAAUUAAUAUCGUAAAAAUUGUCGCCCAUUGAAAGAUAAGAAAAGCAAAAACACAUAGCUACCCACAACUUUUAUUUUUACAAGGCACAAACAGCGCAAGAUAAACAACAACAAUACAAGUAUGUGUGGAACAGCAAACAAGUGAAAUAUACCGAAACCUGUUCUCAUUGCAAUUACUGCGCAUGCGCAACGCUUCUGUAAUUGACGGCAGCAACUACAACAAUUGCGUCGACGCCAGCAACAACCUCAACCAACAUUCGCGUCACCUCUCAUAUCGCGCCUCGUCAUCACGUUUGUUUUUGUUGUAGUGAUUUUUUAAUAAUAAUUACCACAUCUAUAUGUGGUUUUCUCGCACGUAUAUUUGUACGUAUGUGUGUGUGUGUGUGCACCCAUGUGAAUUUGUGGAAUUGUCCUACCGCAACAACACAAGUCGACAACACUCACUCCAUGUGACUGCUGUGACAACAAAAAAUUGCAAUAUCAACAGCAACGAGAUAUCACGACGCCUGGCCACAACAACGACGACCACAACCCGAGUAUUACAUAACUUUCAAGUUGUUCACGUAUUGUUGUUAUGGCUUGCUGCUCUUUUAAUUUGAUCUCUCAUUGUGUUCACUCCAGUGUCUACUUGAAUUUGUCACUCGUAAUUGUGACACAUUAACCCAAUUCUCUGGCUUUCUUCACACAGAUACAUACGGAGAUACGUUUAAUUGACGUUUGAUUUAUUGCAUUGGAUUGAUUUGACUUUUGUGCUCCAUUUGCGGUCGAUUCAUUUUAUUUACACCAUUAUUUAUCGUACGCGUUUUUGUGGAAUUCGGCUUUACUGGCAUUUGUUUUGAAGGCGUUUCACAAACUAGUGCAGUUAAAAUGUACAAAGCAACGGCGAUACUAUUGAUCCUCUUCGGAUAUCUGCUCAUCACAGAUUGCAGUGAAACAACACGCACAAAGCGGGCCAAACGACCACGUGCCCCAGAACCGGUGAACUUCGAACCGGAACCACAACAAGAUUUAGAAAAUGAAGAGAGCGGGAGUCAAGAGAAGGAUAUACCUGAAAUACCGACGAAUUUCCUAAGUCCUUCUGUGCGAGAGUAUCUUGAAUUGGGCAAGUCGAUACCUGGCCGUCCUGGUGUCGACUAUCCCAUACUCUCAGCCAUUCCAUACACAAAUUUCUACUGCGAUGAGCAGCCAUAUCCGGGAUUUUUCGCCGACAUGGAAACCAGGUGUCAAGGUUGGCACUAUUGCGACAUUGAUGGCCGACAGGCGUCUUUCCUGUGUCCAAAUGGCACACAAUUUUCACAAGCCGUCUUCGUGUGCGAUUGGUGGUUCAAUGUUCGCUGUGAUCUGUCGCCACGUCUUUACGCCAUCAAUGCACGUCUCUAUCAGCGUCCCAAGGUGAAUCCGACACGUCCACAUCGCAUUAUUACAAAGGAGCUGGUCGAUGAUAUUUUCAAUUAAGCUGUAGUGGGAGGCAGCAAAGAUAGUGAAAGAAACAAACAGAUAGAAAGGAAGGAGAUAUAAAUAUAAAAAGCGAGAGAGAGAGAGAUGCAGAUAAAGAACAAAGAGUGAAAGGCAGACAAUGGGAGAAAAUGUGUGGAAGCCUUGCCAGAUGAAAACCACUGAAGGAAGGCGGUUCAUCGUAGAUUUGUGGGCUAUGAGGGUUAUUUAAGUUAAAAAAAAUUUCGAUUUCAAGUAUUGAGAAACAAAAUUACUAACGGUGCAUAGUAUUAAAAUGAAACUCGAAAAUGUUGCGAUCCUAAUUCGAUGCAAUUUGAGAAGUGCAGUUACAAAUUAUACUAAGAAUAUAUUUCAAGGACUUCAAGUGUACUCUUAAUGAUAAGUUGGAACUAUAAAUAUGGAAAAGAGUGCUACAUAAACUAUUUUUUAGUAAAUAAAUUAGUAUUGAUUUAUAUACUUUUUAAUGUAAAAUAUUAAUUUUAUAUUUCUAGGCUAAUAUUACAAAAAAAAAAUAUUAUUUAAUAUUAUCUUUUAGUGAAUUUGUAUAUAGUUAUAUAGCAGUAUAAUCAAUAUGUCUUCCAUCGCGGUCAACUGUUUGCAUUAACAUACAAAUAUAUAAUAUACAAUAGUACGUAUACAUUAUUUAUAUACUACAUAUGUAUGUACACAUUGACUUUAUAAACACACAACUUCUUUCUUCUCUUUUUAUUCAUUUUAUCAUUAUAUAUUAUAUAUAUAUUUUCAUUUGCAUUUGAUUUAUAUUUUGAGUAAAAUUACUCUUUUUGUUUAAACUAUUCACCAGUUAGUUUCAACUUUUAUCUGAUUUGAAAUGUUG